CCUAGUGUCCUAGUCUCAUCUAUAUCUUCAGCCUGCAGAAUAACACUCCAUUCCAUCUGAAGGAUAGAACAAUGGGUCUCUCCGCCAAGCUUUUUGCGGUCCUCCUGCUGCUCCUCAUUGGUUAUAAUACAGAGACGCAGGGACCAAUCACUAUGGCAUUGGCGAGGAAGUGUGAGUCGCCGAGCCUCAAAUUCAGGGGACCCUGCUCGAGAGACGCAAACUGCGCAAGCGUUUGCCUGACUGAAGGUUUUACCGGUGGCGAGUGCAAAGGCCUACGCCACCGCUGCUUCUGUACCAGGGACUGCUAGUUUUCCUCGCGUCCUGCAUGCAUAUGCAUGUCCUAAUCGGAUCAGGAAAAUAUGUAUGGGUUACCAAAUGGCAGUAUCAUGGAUGAAUUGAAUAAUGAUACAAGUGCAUUUUGGACAUUGAGCUGUUGAGAGCUCGAGCCUGUAUUUAUAAGCUUUUGGUUCUCGAACCAUUAAAAUGGGAUAAAUUAUGCACUGCACAGAGUAUGUUA